CCGACUGUGGUUCCGGUGGGGUCGAUCACCACCGCGUAGUGUAUGCGUGCCUUUACACACUACAUUCCGAACUUUACUCGCGUACACAGUGAACGCUUCGCGCCAAAUUUCGUAUACGUACGAUAUUUGAAUUUUGACGUUUGUUUUUUUUUGGACGGAACUUUAUUUGAUGAUUUUUUAGGACAAAUUAAUGAGGAUUUUUGUAAAGUUUUGUGUUUUCGUUGUGAAGUGACUUAUUGUAUGAAAGACAAAUUAAAUUAUGUGAACACAUUUUGGCAGUUAUCAAGUAAAUACUGUGUUGUUGUUAACAAGUUUGUAUUUGUGAAAUGGUUUGUGAACAAUAAAGUAUAAUUACCAAGAUGAAGAUGCGGUGGAACAUUUUAGUACAAUUGUUUAUUUUAUUUGUUUUCGCAACUUGUGUCGAUGCAGUGCAGAGGUUUAUUGAGAUGCCGACGUACACGGAGGUGAACCCUGGUGAAGAUGCUCUUCUCAAAUGCAGGAUAUCCGACAAGAAAGGAGUUUGUUCCUGGCAAAAAGAUAAUAAGCCAGUGGGAAUAUACCGAGGGAAGUACGAGUGGGCUAACGAGAACAGUCCAGUAGGAGGUGACUGCUCGCUCUGGGUGCGAGCCGCCACGCUGCAGCUCGAUGACGGACAGUGGCAGUGCCAAGUGACUGCCAGCAAUUAUGAUGUGCAGGAUGCCCUCUCAAGUCCACCAGCAGCUUUAGCAGUCCGGGUACCACCACAAUCUCCUCGGAUCCUGUUCAACGGCUCCCACGUCAUGCCAGGUCAAAACAUCACGGUGCCAGCUGGAAACAGAGCUACUGUCGUCUGCGAAGCCAGAUAUGGCAACCCUCCCGCUUAUAUCGAGUGGUAUUUGGAAAAAGAACGUCUAACAGCAUGGUCUCAGACGAAUGCUUCGGAAGUGGAGAGACCACGAGUCUGGGCAGCUCGGUCAGUGCUGGAGCUGGGAGCCACAAGGUCUGCUCAUGGGCGCCAGCUGGCCUGCAGAGCUCAUCAUCCGUCGUACCCAUCUCCUUACUACAGGGACUCGUAUACUAUGCUGGAUGUCACUUUUGUUCCAGUAGUUUCCAUAGUUGGGGGUGAUGCCAGCACUCUAGCAAACUUAGAAGAAGGUUCCAGUGCCCUGACUUUGGAGUGUCGAGCUGAUGGUAACCCAAGUCCUUACGUUUGGUGGACCAAGAACGGACAAGUUAUUGCUACGAAUGGAGCUAAAUUGAUACUGGCACCUGUGUCUAGGAACCAUUCUGGCAUCUACGGCUGUCAAGCAAGGAACUCAUUGGGAACUUCGGAUUCAGUGAAGAUUGAAAUCGACAUUAAAUAUCCUCCACGAGUGUCGUGGAUAGGACCCGAUACGGUGGUGGAAGCGAACCUAUUCUCUCAAGUCACUCUGGAAUGCAAAGCUGAAGGCAAUCCUCCUCCAUCGUACACCUGGUAUCAUAGUCCAGCAUCGUCAGCUCGCAUCAACUCGCUGCAAGAUGGCGCCUACCCGAUCUCCAUGACACCACAACUUCAACUGCACAACGUUUCAUACGAUCAACACGGACGGUACACCUGCGUGGCUACCAAUCAGAUAGGACUUGAAGACAGGAGUCAUCAAUCCGAAGCUGUGACACUGAACGUGCUGGGUCCGCCGGUAGGCGCAGAUACGGGCGCAGCUCACGCGUGGAGUGGACACGAGGCUCGAGUGGCCGCCACCGUCUGCGCCGACCCACCACCACGCCGGGCUGCCUGGCUCUGGGGCAGUCUCCGCCUUGACGUGCCAUCACAGAUCGGUCGCUACCGCACCAUCGAGCCUGCAACAGACGGAGGUUGCUACCGGUACACGUUGCUCAUCUCCAACACCGGGGUCGCGGACGCUCGAGUCUAUGUCCUACACGUGGAGAAUGAGAGAGGUUUCUCCUCUCAUGCUGUCUCUCUCACUGUGCAUGAGACUGCACACGUGGCUCCGCUGAUCGCGGCCGCGCUUGUCAUUGCAGCUCUGUUGGUCAUAGUGCUGUGUCUCAUCAUCCGGUGCCGGAGACGGAGAGAAAGCGUCGAAUAUAAGACUGAAGAUUUAGAUAGCGAAAAAGCAGCUCUCCCAGCAGACGCAGUGUACACGCCGCGCGAGGCGGCCCGGCCGGCGAUGGUCGGUGGCGUGGGCUCCGUGGCCGGCAUCGCGGCGGGCGGCGGCGGGGCGGGCGGCGGGGCAGCUUUAUCGUCGCUGGAGAAAGAAGCCAAAGAGAAUGUAUAUGCGGUAUUAGAUCCGCACAUUCAGUACGAAAUAACGAUUAAUAAGCACGGAGAGCCGCCUAAAUAUUUGUCCUUAUCGAAGCCGCUAACCCACCAAAGAACUCACACCUUCGACCCUCAUAGCAUCACCAAUGAAAUUAACAAUAAUGAUUAUGAUAAAUUCUCUACUUUUAAACCAGGACCGCCAAAAGCAAGAAGAUCCAACAAAAGUAACGAUAGAAACAAUAAAAACUAUGUCUGCAAAACUAAUAACGAUAUAGAAUACUCCAAAGACCCCUACUUUGGUAAAGUUAGAAGUACAGAUACAAUCAAUCAAAAUGCACAAAAAUACAACGAACACAAAGAUACCAAACAUUAUUCUCACAUGUAUGAGAGGAAUAAUUCUGGAAGGAAGGACAAUGACAGAAAGAAACAGGAUGGCUUUGAAAAAGAUUUUCAAAAUAAUAGAAGAUCUUCAAAUCGCAGCUGGAAAAGCACAAAAGAGAAGGAGCGGUCGUUUGAAGAUUAUAUAGAAGGGAAUGAGAAACAAGAUACCGAAGAAGAGUUUCGGCCUCGACCAGGGAAGGUCAGGGAAAUAGCUUCGAGGUUCAACAAGUGUAGCACUGGGAACGUAACUUUGAAUGUGAAGAAGGAGAGGCCCAGGCCAUUGCAAAGUUAUGGUCACCAGGCGUACCUGGACCACGUGUUUCCCGAUGCCGUAGAGAUAUAG